CUUCGAUAACUCAUUCGUGUACGGUGUUACAUGUGGCGAUAUUUUGAAUCUUAUUCGGAAAUAAUAAAAAUAAUAUAAUUUAUGUUAGAAAGUAGAAUAAUUAUUCGCUAGUCAAUAGUUAUGCCACCGAAAAAAACUAAAAAGUCAAAAAAUCAAGAUUGGGAUAGUGAUAAAGAUGAAGUAACAAAUGAGAUUUUACCGAAAGAAAAUUAUGCUGUUGAUGAUGAACCAAUUAUUAAACAAAAAAAAAUACCAAAAAAAAGUAAAAAAAAAAAUAAAAACCAAGAUUGGGAUGGCGAUUCAGAUGAAGUAACAACUGAGAUUUUACCGAAAGAGGAUUAUGCAGUUGAUGAUGAACCAAUUAUUAAACAAAAAAAAGUACCAAAAAAAAGUAAAAAAAAAAAUAAAAACCAAGAUUGGGAUGAUGAUUCAGAUUCUAAUAAGGGAGAAUUUUCAGUAGAAAAAAAAACUGAAUUAGAUGAUGAAAAUUUAUCCAAAGUAGAAGCAAACGAUGAUGUUGCAAUUACAAAAAAUGAGGAUUUAGUUGCUGAUGUAAAGUCAGAAGACUUAGGUAAACCGAAAAGUACUGGAAAAAUAUCAAAAAAGAAUAAAAGGAAACAAAAAGAUUUUGAUUUAGAAGAUGAAGAUACUCUUGUUUUAGAAGAUCAAUUUGUUGAAGAAUUUUUAGUUGAAAAAAAAACCGAGUUAAAUAAAGUCGAAUUAAAAACCGAAGAAAAUGUCGAUGUAGAAGUAAACAAAAAUAUUGAUAUUGUUGACGACAAUGUUCCUUCUGUGAAACAAGAAGACAUAAUUAAAUCGAAGAAUACUGGAAAAAUAUCAAAAAAGAAUAAAAAGAAGCAAAAAGAUUUUGAUUUAGAAGAUGAAGAUUCAAAUGCGGGAGAAGUUUCAGUAGAAAAAGUAACUGAAGUAGAUAAAGACAAAAUAAAUAAUGAAAAUAUAUCUAAACUAGAAGCAAACGAUGAUGUUGCAAUUACGAAUGACAAAGAUGAUUUAAUUGCCGAAGAAUUACCUCAAGGAAAUUCUAAUAAAUCGGAGAAAAUAAUUAAUACUACAACAGUAUUAAAAAAGCAUAAAAAACAUACGAGUUUAGAAGGUGAUGCCGUUAUUGAAGACGUACUAGUAAAGAAAAUAGCUGAAGUUAAAAUAAACAAUGAAGAUGUAGCUGUAGAAGAAAAUACUAAUUUAAUUAGUACAAAUGAAAUAGAUUCCACCUCAGAUGUGAAGCUAAAGACCACAGCUAAAGAACCCAAGGCUAAGUCGUCUAAAGAAAAAGAAAUUAAAACUGAUAAACUAUCUCACAAAGAAAAAAAGAAAUUAAAAAAAGAU